UAAACAUGUCCCAGGAAAAGAGCAUGGCUGUCCCAGAGUUCCUCAGAAAAGCAGAGCUUAUAAAACAAGGAGCAGAAGCUCGGCUGUACAGGGUAGAGUUCCUGGGGAAACCGACUAUUGUGAAAGAACGGUUUCAAAAGCGCUACCGACACCCGGUGCUGGACGAGAAGCUGACACACCGAAGGACGGUCCAGGAGGUCCGCUCCAUACUGCGCUGCCGGAGAGCAGGUAUAUCUGCCCCUUUAGUUUACUUUGUGGACUACACAUACCACUGUAUUUUCUUGGAGGAAAUCGUUGGUUCCUCGACUGUGCGCGACCACAUCGCCGCCUCUCGGCAGUCUGAUCUUAACAAGGACCUGGGGUGGCUAGCGGAGCGGGUGGGCAGGAUCCUGGCCAAAAUGCACGACGAGGACGUCAUCCACGGGGACCUGACUACCUCCAACAUGCUGCUGAGACGCAACAUGGAGGACGGGGAGUCCGAGCUGUUCCUCAUCGACUUUGGCCUGAGCUACAUCUCUGCCCUGACGGAGGAUAAGGGGGUGGACUUGUACGUGCUCGAGAAGGCCUUCCUCAGCACCCACCCGAACACAGAGGCUCUGUUCGAAAGGCUGCUGAAAAGCUACGCGGCCGCGUCGAAGAAGUCCUCGGAGGUCAUUAAAAAGCUGGAUGAGGUCCGGUUGAGAGGGAGGAAGAGGUCGAUGCUGGGAUGAUGACCCGUGCUGUGUUUAGGGACAAGCCUUUCUGAAAAUGAUGCAAUAACAAAGUUAUUUUGAAAUAAACUGUGUGAUACAUGUUUUGUCUUCUCAUGGAAGGGCGAUACAAUACAGAUAUGGACUAUGUACAUUUUGUAACGGUGUAUUAGUCUAGUAUGACAAAUACAUCAAUAACUAUCAUUGCAUAGAAUGACAUGUAAGCAAAUUGUCAUAAUAGGUGUAGAAAUAGAUUAAUGGAAAAUAGAUCGUAUGUAGACACUUUAGAAUCAUAGUGGAACACUGAAAUUUGGCCCUGUCUUGCCCUGACACACACACACACACACACUGGCCCUCUCUGACCCCUCACACACACACAUUGUCUCUCUCUCUCUCUGCCACCCUCACACACAUACCUACACUGGCCCUUUGUAAAUAUCCUGGGAACGACCUUCUAGCUAGUUCGUCCCAUCCCGGAAGAGAUAAGACUCCCUAGCCCGGUAGAGAAUCUUCAAAAAGCAACAAGUGAAUCAUGUUUUUGUCCCGCACAUGAACUCUUCUAGCAGAAUCAAUUAACCCCAUAUACACUGAAAUGAGAAACAACAUGCACACACUACUGAUGGCUGGAGAAGGAAGACCUGGGUGGGGCCUAGAGGGUUGGACUACACCCUGUGCUCCAAUGAGGCUCCUAAGUCUCAGUCCUCGGUAUUUUGUCCACAUAUUAUAUGUAUAUGGUAAUUAAGAACUCAAUGCAUGAACCAUCAUCUAAUUAACACUUUUAAUAAAGUGGCACGUGUGUACAUUCUACAUUAGCUGGUUCCGGCUCUUCACUGGACCUUCAUGGAGAUCAUACUGAGCCAAGUAGCUUGUGUGCGACACUCGUCCAUCAAAUAUAAAAUACUCCUGGUACCCAGAUUCA